AUGGACGCGGCUCAACGCCAAGUAGCUGACCAGCGAUUUGCUGAGCUCAUAACGUACUUUGACCAACCUCCUCUGGAGGGCCAAGAUGUCAAAUACAACCGUGUCGAACUUGUUCGGCUGACGUACCAAUACUCCCUGAGCGAUGAGUCAAAGGGGAACUUUCUUCGUGCAUUCUUCGAGUGGAUCGGGACUCCAAUAAACGAGGAUUUCAAUACCGCCGAAAUCAAUUUACCCAAUGCCGCUCUCCGUACUUCCAUAUUUUUAUUUGCUGAUUAUUUGAUUGAAAACUUCUUUUUGCCACUGAAAGCAUCAAUCGGAAAAUCUCCCCAGCCAACACCCGGCUCACAGUCGUCUAUCCUCGCCCUGCAACGGGGGGCUGAUCUUGGCACUCCAGAGCGAGUCUCGGCUCUUAGGGGAGCUUGUCUUAUUCGAGAUCGUCAUCGAUGUGUCAUUACGCGGCGAUACGAUGUUGAGCAGCUCAAAAAGCAGGAAAAAACCUCUCAAGGACACCACGAGCUUCGAGAUGAUGAUGGUAGCCCUUUAGCCGCGCAUACUCGCUUCUCUAACCUGGAGGUCGCUCAAAUUAUCCCUCAUUCACUAACUCGGGUAAAUGCGAAUAAUGAGCUAGAUCCCUCUAAAGUUGCAGCCUUAGCCAUUCUUAACAUGUUUGACGUUGGUGCUGCCUUUCUAAUUGAGGGGACCAAUAUCGACCGUCCCGGAAAUGCUCUGACUCUUACUCCGAGCAUGCAUUAUCAUUUUGGAGCUUUUGAUAUUUAUUUCGAGGCCGCGGAGGGCCAAAACCACACUUACAAUAUCCGGUCGUUCUUGAGGGAUGGUGUUAUUGAUGAGCUUCCCACAACCCGCUCUCUCCUUGGCUGA